AUGGCUGAAGGUGAAUCCUGGUCUCAUCUUGGUGAUGUUUACAACGGAACCUACCAGCGCAGCUCCACCACCGGCUACUUCUACGCCUUUAUGGAUUUCAAGCCAGAGGUCUUUUCCUCCUCAAGCUCUCUCAGCCGUUUGUUCAUGAUGCAACAAACUGCUCAACAGCUUCAAUCAGAUGCGCUUUCUUACACACCAAGGAGGGUGAACACGUUCUGGUAUAUUUUCCUAAAAUAUGUGAAUGAUGCUUUUAUGGGCGCUUCCGAAACAAAGAGCACAGUUACGGCUGCACUGCUUAGCUACAAAGGCCCGUUCAAGGUUAUUACAAAAUAUCGAACUAUCUGUGGGAUCGGCCAUCAGGACUUGGCGCCUUGUAAACACGUCAUUUUCGACAACAACACUGGCACAGUCACAGUGACGGUUGAUGUCUACAGGGGAGAUAUCAACGGGGAACGGUAUGGUAUUUUCACUUGCCAGUCCGAAGACAUUGAGGAUCUUCAUCAUGUGGUCGACUUCGGGGUUGAAACGCCGACCGCAUAA